GUUGAAAUAUGACGUAAAAACAGGAACUCUGCAUUUUUGCACUUGUACACGUCUAAUAUCGAAGUUUUAUUUCGAUUAACAUAUGAAUUCAACGUAUGUCAGAUGCCAAAUAGAACUCGAUAAAAAAUGUUAUGCUGAUAAUAAUGUCCGGCUUUCAGAAGACCUUCCUGUAGCUUUGUUCGACAGUUUAUUCCCUUAGUUUCAAGCUAAACAGCUAACGAAGCUAUUUAUUUAGCAUUGCCAUGCCAUGGAUGCACUGAGUAUAGUGCAUGAUGAGGUCGCACUAGAAGGACUUGACGGGAUAACUAUUCCCUCUUUGUGGAUCCGUCUUGGUUCCAGAACGCCAAGUUUUCCCCUGAAACUCGACUCGUGCACAAAGGAGUUCAUUUGGAGGUCCUUGAUCAACAAUGUCGACCUGGACUUCUAUGAACUUCCAAAGGAGAGAGUGGAUGUUGAGCUGCUUGACCGGUUUGCAGACAUAAACCCUGAUACAGGCAUUCAGACGACCACAAGUUUUUCCAAUGCAAAAAACGACGUCUACCCAGUCACUGUGGUAUUAGACGACAAGGAUGGAAUACAAGGCUCCUGCCUCUUCUAUAAGCAGAGGAAAAACGUGACAAAAAAUGUCCGAACAGAAGAACUCAAACAGUUGGUUUGCUUAGAGGAGGCUGUCAAGAGAUAUGGCCGAAAGCUUGUCGUGGUGGCGUCCCAGAAGAUGAGGUUCCGCGUCCUUAUUGGUGAAGACAGCGACCCUGACUUGAGAAUAACCGACCAAUCGUACUGCAUAUUGGAGCGGCUGGGUCGGGCCCGCUGGCAGGGAGAGCUGCAGAGGGACCUGCACUCCUCCUUCAGGACAGAGCCUGGGAAGUUGCACUACCUAAGAAGGUGUCUGGAUCGACAUGGCCUCAUCACCAUGCAGUCCCACGUCAUACGCCUGCCCACCGGUCAACAGCAGCACUCCAUACUCCUGCUGAUGAAACGCUACCACGUCCUCAGGAGGAGUAAGUAUGACAUCCUGAUGGAACACCUGUCCAACACUCUGCAGGAUGCUCCUGGCCAGAUCGCCUCUAUCAUCACCCUCCGAGAACUUCUUAACGUGCACGAGAGGACAUUCAAGCAUGUGUACAACUACAUGCUGUCUUACAAGCUGGUCCAGCUCAUCACCCUGCCCCUGGAAGACCUGAACCCCAGUGCCGGGCCCUGCAACACCAAGAAAGGAACGAAAAUAACGGUGCGCUGUCUCAAACUUCUAAAGCCCUACCAGAAGAAGGAGUUAAUGGUCGAGGAAGAUGACGACGAAAAUGAAGAUGGAGUGGGAGUGAGCAGAAAAGGUCUUCCUCAACAGGAUAUUAUCAUGGAGAGAGAUCUGGUUUUACAGGCCUAUCACAUCGUUGUGUCGUCUGGCACCAAAGGCAUCUCGCAGAGUAGUUUGCAGGUGGUGAUGAACGUUGGUAAGCUGGAGGCUCGGAUGUUAUGCCGGAGGUUGGAGAGGGACGGCAUGAUUAAGGGCUUCAUGGUGGACGUCGGUCGACAGAGGACCACAAAGUUUAUUGGCCACAUGUCCGUCAGUGCCAGUGACCACAUGCAGCAGUUUGUAAAGGAGAGGGAACGCAACCAGCUGCUGUGUAACUCUGAGCCCUUGCCCGAGGAGAACGCCGGGACACCCUCCUCCGCCCCCAAAGCGCUUCCCACCUGCAAAGCCUCCUCCACCCCCAGGCCCAAAACCACCAAGGGAACCCCUAAAGCCAAGGCCAAGGACACCCAGAGAGGGGACCCUGAUUUUGUCGCCAAAGGCAAGAAGCGGAGUGUGGGAGGGAGGGGCAAGAAGACGCUGGUCCCAGAGCAGCAGGCCCUGGCAGCUCUGAUUACACCCAUCAAACGUGAAACUCCAGAGACUUCCGUGUCCGAGCCCUCUGUGGUGGAAACUCCCUGUGCCGCAGAGAGUUCCCAGGAGGAGGAGGAGGAGGGGGACCCUGUCUUGAGCCCCAUCGUAGUCCUGGAUGAGAGGGAGGCUCUGGACUCAGCCAGCGAUGACGCCCAGAAGAGCAUCAAGGUGGUUGAGGACAUGCCCAAGCGGAAGAAGCAAGGGAUCCGACUGGAGCGAAGUCAUGAGACCUAUCGUCUGCUGAAGAGGAAGAACAUGAUCGUGGAGGUGGUGCGCAGUGUCAAGAUUGUCGAGGGACUCUAUGCGCUCCAGAAGAUGAUCAACGACAACGAGAAGCUGGACGGCUCCAGCACCAAGUGCUGCAAGAAGUCCAUCCUCCGUCUCAUACGCCUGCUCUCCAAGGAGGGCCUGGUGAAGAUGUUCAGAACCACAGUCAUCCAGGAUGGAGUCAGUAAGAAGGUGGAAUUUGUAGUUCAUCCGUCGGUACAACCCAACGACAACAUGGUGAAGAGCGCUAUAGAGCAGGUCCGGUUCAGGAUUUCCGGCUCCUACGCUGUUGCACGUGUGCAGCAGGAGCAGGCCAAACAGGGGAUGGAGUUGAGCAACACCAGUCCCCACACCCCUAAAUCAAAGAAGAACAAGGAGGAUAAAAAGACAAGCCCAGAAGCACAGGAUGCAUUUAUGCCAACAACAGUCCGAGGACUGAGCAGGACGUUGGGUUUCCAGCCUAAGAUGCACCGGCUGCGUCUUGUCCACACCUUCCUCUGGUACGUGGUGUACGGACCGUACCAGAAGGGAUCCACAGGGACAGAUUCCCCUAAGCCAUCACAACCGGCAGACGACAAUACGACCUCCUCCUCCUCCUCCUCCUCCUCCUCCUCCUCUUCCUCCUCCCACUCCUCCUCCACUAAGGUCAUUUCAGCGCCCGCACCGGAGAACGGACAAAACUGUGAAAGUUUGAAUCCUUCCGACUGCGAAAACACAAACGGUGCCGAAAACGCAGCGACAGCAGUAGCGCCAACGCCGCAAAAGUCUGGAGGGACGGCGCUCCCGGGAGAUGAGGAAUCGGUGCAGAUGCUGAAACAAAGAUCUUUGGAAAGCAAUGCGAAGGUCUUUGCGGACGAGCUGUCUUGGAAGAGGUACCUGCCCCCGCUCCGCGUCCACAAGGAGUUUGGCUACGGCUGGGCCCUGGUGAGCGACGUGGUGCUAUGCCUGCCUCUCUCCAUCUUCGUCCAGGUCACACAGAUAAACUUCAAGAUCGAGGGACUGGAUGAGUACCUAAACGACCCUGUGAAGCAGCACUACCUCGUCAGAGUCCUCCCCGCGCAGAUCAAGAGGCAGCUGCUCUACAAACGGAAGUAUAUUUUCGCAUUCUACGAGAAUUUGCAGAAGUUGGUCUACAUGGGCCUGUUGCAGUUUGGUCCGAUGGAGAAGUUCCAGGAUAAGGACCAGGUGUUCAUCUUCAUCAGGCAGCACGCCACCAUCGUGGACACGACCAGCGCCGAGCCCCACUACUGGCAGGUGACCGAGAACCCAGACAAGCCCUUCGAGAGGCGCCAGUACCAUUUCAGCACCGCCGCUGACGUGGAGAACUACUGGUUCGACCUUCUCUGCGUCUGCCUCAACACACCCCUGGGGCUGGUGAGGGGUAAGCGGGGAGGGGAGAAGGAGAUCACUAUGCCCUCUUUGGUGCUCCCGGAUCGCUCCCGGUUCCUCAAACUGGCCUAUCUCCUCAAGGGCAGGCGUGAUGAGAUGGAUGACGGGUCGACCCCAGGGGACGGUAAAGGCGCGGGCGGCCUGGACUCUGAAUUCUUUGCUCAUCUGAAGCGCAACUGGCUGUGGACGAACUACCUCCUAGCCUGUAAAAAGAAUUUGUGCGACGGAGAGUUGAUCAACAGCAAGAUGAGGCUGAAAAGCCUGCUGAGUAAGAACGCUCUCAGGCUGGCCCUCAAAGCCGGAGAAUCCACAGCCCCUCGCGGCAUGACCACCAAGCGUGCCAAGGUGAUGGAGUUCGCAGAGGUGGGGGUGGAACCAGCCGGCAGGAAUCAGCAGGUGAUUGGCGGGAAGAGACAGAAGAGGAAGAGGACCAGGAAGGAGGUGGUCAAGGUGCCUCGCAAGAAGAGAAAAGAGGCCAAGACGCGGGUGCCGGCCCACGACGAGGCGGACCACCGGGCCCUGAAGAUGAUGACCCGGCAGCGGGUCUUCUGGUCCCUGCAGGAGGACUCCAUGCUGAUGCUGUGCGGCGUGGCGGCCAAGCUGCUCAACGACAAGCUGACGCGUCCCUUCGUCCCGUACUGCGUGGUGCGGGACAUGCUGCAAGCCGAGCUGGAGAACUCCAUGGACAAGACCUCCCUGGCGGUGGGCCGCCGCACCAGAUACAUCCUCAAGAACCCCCAGACCCUGCUCAACCACAGGAUCUGCCUGGCUGAGGUCUACCAGGACAAGGCUCUGAUGGACGAGUUGGAGCUGAAGAAGCCAGCCGAUCCAAACAAGCUAGAGGAUUGUGCACAAGCGUUCAGUGAGUACACGCGGCUACUGAGGCACAAGUUCAGCUCCUCCACCGUUUCCUGUGAUGUCACUCUCCCCGAAACCAAGUCACUGCUCUUCUCCCGGUACAAGGUCUUCACGAUAGACCAUGAACAACAGAGGACCUUCAAAGAUGAUCUUACCUGUACGGAGGACAUCCACGCCAUAGUAUUGCACAACCUCAUCCAGAGCACCCUGGUCAUGUCCAACUCCCAGAUGAAGUCCUCGCGCUCCUUUCAGACCUUCCACAUGUACAGCCUGUUCAACCAGGAGGUGCUGUGCCAGGUGUUCAUCCAGUGCAGGAAGCGGGGGCUGGUGAACCGCCGGCGCGUCCACAAGGCCUACGGGCCCAAGAAGAACCGCGCCCUGCCCAUCCUGCCCAUGUCCUACCAGCUCUCCCAGACCUACUACAAGUGCUUCACCUGGCGCUUCCCCACCUCACUCUGCACCGACGCCUUCCGCUUCCUACGAGCGCUGCGCGACAACGGCACGGGUGACGCCCACAAGAUCACCAGCUUCUACAAUGAGGCCGAGAGCCGCAUGGACGUCCCUCCGGCUCCCAGCGGCGCCGUGACCACGGAGGGGAGUCCGAUGGAGAGCGCCGGGACGAAGGACAAAGGAGAGGGGGGCAGUGGCGGCCUCAAGGGAACCGACGGGGACACUGGGGACCUCAAGGGAACCGCCGGGGACAGUGGGGACCUCAAGGGAACCGACGGGGACAGUGGGGACCUCAAGGGAACCGACGGGGACAGUGGGGACCUCAAGGGAACCGACGGGGACAGUGGGGACCUCAAGGGAACCGAUGGGGACACUGGGGACCUCAAGGGAACCGACGGGGACACUGGGGACCUCAAGGGAACCGACGGGGCCAGUGGGGACCUCAAGGGAACCGACGGGGCCAGUGGGGACCUCAAGGGAACCGACGGGGCCAGUGGGGACCUCAAGGGAACCGAUGGGGACCAAAAGGGAACCGACGGGGACACUGGGGACCUCAAGGGAACCGACGGGGACAGUGGGGACCUCAAGGGAACCGACGGGGACCUCAAAGGAACCGAUGGGGACCUCAAAGGAACCGAUGGGGACACUGGGGACCUCAAGGGAACCGAUGGGGACCUCAAGGGAACCGAUGGGGACCUCAAGGGAACCGAUGGGGACCUCAAGGGAACCGAUGGGGACACUGGGGACCUUAAGAGAACCGGAGGGGACACUGGGGACCUCAAGGGAACCGACGGGGACCUCAAGGGAACCGACGGGGACACCGGCGACCUUAAGGUACCCGUCGAGGAGCCUGUAAGCGAGGCAAUGAUCCAGGCGGACGGCCCAGAUACGGUCAGCCCUGCUGAACCAGGAGAGUCCAACCAGAGCAAACAAGGGGAGGAACCUGUGGAGAUGGAAGAGGGCAACGGGGAGGGAGAAGUCCCAGGCGUGGACGCAAAGCCACAGACCCAGCGCAGUACAGCGCAGGACUCCUUCGUGGUUAACGCCGGAGGCCUAGUUCAACCCCCCAGGUCUGCCGAGUCGCCCUCGGCCCAGGAAGAGCAGCCCGGGGCAGGGCCCGUGGUGGGCGGCCCCGGCCCGUCUUUGGAGCACCACCAGGACCUGUCGGACAUGAUGCACCUCUCCCUGGACUCCCCGGGGGGGAUGUGUGCGGCGGCCCUCACCCUGAUGUCCCUGGGUCUGCUCUCGGUGCACGUGUCCAUCCCCAAGGAGGUGGUGCUGGUGGACAACACCGUGGUGAAGACCGACGUGGUCAAGAGAUUGACGGCACUCGAGGAAGAGGAUGAAGAGGAUGAUGCUGACGACGGUGAGGGGAAGAAGAGGCUGCCAGGGAAAGCUACAGUCUCGCACACAAGCUACCUCAUGAUGAAGGGAUACUGCUAUCCUGGCAUAGUCCAACUACGUAACCUCAGCACCUGUGACAACAUCGUGGUGGACCCCUGCACCUUGAGGUUCAAGCUCCGCGACACGCCGGCCCAUCAGAUCUUCAGCGCGCAGGACUCCCCGCCCCUGGACCUGACCCGGUGCGGGCCGUCCCUGGUCCCGGCCGUCCUCUCCCGCAGCCUCCGCCUGCCCUCCCGCUCCACCUCCUCCUCCUCCGCGGCGGGGCAGGGCUGGGCCGCCCCGCUGAAGGCCUACUGGGGCUUCUCCCAGCAGGACGCCGAGGCCUGCGGGGCGCUGCGGGCCACCCUGGACCGGGCCGGGGAGGGCGGCCUGGGGGAGGAGGAGCUCCACCGGGACCUCGCCCACCUGGAGCAGCCGCUGGAGGGACGCACCCGCGGCCUGCAGCAGUACAUGCAGGUGCUGGAGGAGGAGUGCCAGGCGGUCCGGGUGGGGGCGCAGGGCGUGCGCUGGGUGCUGGCGGAGCACGCCCGGCCCUGGCUGCUGACGGUGCGCCUGAGGCCGGGGCUCUCGCAGGGCUACACCAAGGGCCGGCUGAGGCCCCGCUGGCAGACCAGGCACAGCAUCCCCUUCAUGCGCAAGAGGGCCCCGGAGGUCGCCGCCACCAUGGUGAUGAGGAUGGAGGAGGAGGACGAGGAUGAGGAAGAGGAGGACGCCGAGCCGCCCAGAAAGAGGGGGCGAGGAGGAAAUGGCAGCGCCAUGGAGGACGGACUCGUAGCUGAGGAGAAGGAGAAGGAGGAGGUGGAGGAGGAGGUGGGGCCAUCCGUGGAGGACGGGAAGACGAGGAAGGGCGGAGAGGAAGGAGAAGUCCGGGAGAACGGGCUCGAGAAGGAGCGUGAGAGAAGCGAUAAUGAGGAGGUCUUAUCCCCGCCGCCCCCCACAGCGCCAUCUGGUGGCGGAGACGAGGAGAUGAGCUACAUCAGCCGGCCCUGGAGGAUGGUGGACGGCAGCAUCAACCGGCUGGCCUGUAAGGGCAUGCUGGAGGGCCUCCUGUACCACGUCAUGGCCCGGCCCGGGAUCACCCAGCACUGCCUGGUGGAGCACUACCAGAACACGCUGCAGCCUAUGGCCGUGCUCGAUCUCAUCCAGGCGCUAAUAGACAUGGGCUGCGUGCGGAGGAAGUCUGUGGUGAGCCGUAAGGCCACGCUGUUCUCCCGCCACGCCGACCCGCCCACAGAACCAGCAGCAGCGACCUCGGGCCCCGGGGCCACGGACACGUGGUUCUACGAGCCCACCAUCAGCUGUGUUCUGCGGCUCGCCCAGGUCCUGCCCAACGAACCCCAUUGGAACCAGUACGUCUGACCUCCAUGUGAUGGUCCUGGAAGGGUGCCUGGUCACCCGUUCAUUGGUGGUUUUAUCAGUAUUUUUGUAUAUGUGUUGAGACCGGUCGCUAAGCUGCUUGUGUCACUGGGUUAAGGGCGGGUUGCCUCCAGUGACUACAAUGGGGAUUACAUUUUUCGGGAUCUUGCGCGGAUGCUAUCAGUCAAAAAGGUUUACACCGAUAGUUUUCUAAAUUUGGAUUCUUUAGAUUUGUGGUUUGUUUUUCUUUUGAUUGUGUUUUAUUUUAAGUUAUUUUUCUGUGUUAAUAAUUCUGUAAAUAAUUGUUUCGGGAUUGUAAAUACAAAUAAAUGAUUUUUUUCAACGUAUUUGUCAAAUGGAGAGAAGUAUAUACUUCUUAACUUUUGUUUUAGUGUUGAAUAUCUUAAAGGUGUAGUAGAUUUAGUGGCUUCUAGCAGGCAAGUUAAACAUUGCAGCAAACUAAAUAUCCCAAUGCCAGCACUCUAGGAAAGCAAACCCGGAAUUAUACACUGAAUUAAACAUUUGAGAAUAUGGGAAUUUGGGAAUAGUGUUUUACAUUUCUGCCAAUUUUUUUCUGCUGGACGCCACUCGAUUCUACACACUGUAUCUUGUCAGUUCUCAACUAUGGUACGCCUACUGCUGAUGGUACAGGUCCUAUAGUAUAGUUAGACGGAUCUGAUAAUCUGUGCUGUUGGCAUGACUGCUUUACCACAGACGGCCACCAUACGUUGUUCAGUGGAUUCUUUGGGAUUGAGGAUAAUUCUGACGCCCUCUACUGGCUGUUACUUGUACACACAAGAUCACUCAUUCCUUGUGAUGUUCCAACCGCAACAAAGCAAUAAUAGCUCUACAAUUUAAGGUCAACGCUCACUCUGAAAUCUUUCAAUGGGCACUUUAUUUUCAUUUGGCAUCACAAAUAAUACAAAAAAAUAACUUAGGAUUCUGUACAAAAUGGAUUACUGAUACAAACUAACACACGUUCUAAAUGUAGUUAGAAACACACUAAGCUACAUCUCUCCCUUGUGAAAUGGACAUUCCUUGUUUAUAUCAUUUUUAAUAUACAAAUUGUAAUGUCUUCCUAGUGAAUAGUUUGACUAAAACAGACAAUCUUAUUCCAAGUAGUCCCGGGUAAUUUAGUAUAUAAUGAAUAAUUAUUACUGGCCUGUAUUCAUUAACACCUCAACAAAGUAGCAGAAUGGAAACUGGCACGAAAGAGUGGACAGUUAGCAUCGAGUUUAGCUGUGAACUAGGGUGUUGUGUUAACAGACUGCAGAAAACAUGCAUCUACUCAUAGACACGCACGUUAGACCAGGUCACGGCAUUUAAAAGUGUUGUUUCACACUGAAUAACAACCAAAAUGUAAUUAUCUAAGUAGGCUCUAGCUUAUUUAUGAUGCUGGAAUCCGUAACAGAUUGCUAUGUUCUGCGUAUUGGUUUGUGUUGUGAUAAUUAUUGUUGAACAAACCAUGCAGAGAAAUGUCUCAUGCUUGGAAAAAAUACCCUGUUUGUGUUGAAUUUCAUACAAUUUAGUUAUACAGGCAAGGUGUGUGAGAGGACAGAACUAUAAAUAUAUUCUAGAUAACAUUGACAACAAAAUGGGGAGAAAAUUAUUACCACAUGUUGUAUUAUUAUCGUUCAUUUUCACUCUGACAUUCACCACCUUCCACCCAAUACAAUCACAUUCAGCACGUGAUCAUCAAAGAUAAUCUUGCAUGAGUCCAGUUUUACUUCCAGUAUUUACAUUAAGUGGUUUAU